AUGGAACCUUCAUCUGAUUUUUCGUGGCGUAUAGAUCAAGAAAAUCAAAAAGAUGCUCCAAAGUAUGCUCCAGUAUGCCAGCUUAGCUUCUUGGAGUUUGAUUGUCUCCUUGCUUCUCGAUUUCGUAUGGAGCUGUAUCAGGAGAAUUUCAUGGAAGUGUUCGUUUUAGGAGCAUCGGAGUAG